CAUGUUUCCUGCGCCGCCAGUUUGACGCGUGAAAUCAAGGCCACCGGGAUUGAGGAGAUACCGGGCCCGCGGCACGCUGGACCUCAACGUUUCGUUUUCAAGAAGCUGAUCGCUGGCAUGCUGUGAGACUUACCUCUGAUCACCCGAGGCUUUAAAAAAACACACACAAAAACAAUACCGACAAACUAACCACCGGCCGUGUUCCCGAAACAAUCCUCCGGUCAUGCAGCGCACCUGCCAGACCUCCGCUCCCGGACCGGACUGUUGAAGAAAAAGACAAGGCAACUUUUGGGGGAAGAAGUUGCCAUCAGCUCGGUCGUCGAAGCGAGGGUGGAGGGGCCAACUAAGUCCCUCCAUCGAGUAGAGCCACCUUUUUUUCUUCACAUUUUCAUACUCGAUAGGACGUCGAAACGGCGGCUUCAGUUGAUUAUCACUCUUUCCUUUGCUAUCCAAUGGAUAUUCACUGCAAAGCGGACCCCUUCACGGCGAUGCACUGGCACGGGGGUGUGAACCAGCUCGGCGGGGUGUUUGUGAACGGCAGACCCCUCCCGGACGUGGUGAGGCAGCGGAUAGUGGAGCUGGCCCACCAGGGCGUCCGGCCCUGCGACAUCUCCAGACAGCUGCGGGUCAGCCACGGCUGCGUCAGCAAGAUCCUGGGCAGAUACUACGAGACUGGCAGCAUCAAACCAGGUGUGAUUGGUGGCUCGAAACCGAAAGUGGCCACGCCAAAGGUGGUGGACAAAAUCGCAGACUACAAGAGACAAAAUCCAACCAUGUUUGCGUGGGAGAUCAGAGACAGACUUCUUGCAGAGGGCGUCUGCGACAACGACACCGUCCCCAGCGUCUCGUCCAUUAACAGGAUCAUCCGAACAAAAGUCCAGCAGCCUUUCCAUCCAUCUCCUGACGGGUCAUCCCUGUCGACACCAGUCCAUACUAUAGUACCAAGCACAACCUCUCCGCCUGUAACCACCGCCUCCAACGACCCGGCAGGAUCCUACUCCAUCAAUGGGAUUCUGGGUAUUCCACGAUCCAAUGGUGAAAAGAGGAAAAGAGAUGAAGUGUAUGUAUACACGGCCACUGCAGCCAGGAGGGGGGGCGGGGGGUAUGUGUCUCGAUUGUUGCUCUUUCUUCUUGUAGAUGGUUCAGAUGGUUCUGGCCCAAACAGUGAUUCUCAGGGUAGUGUGGAGAGUUUACGGAAACACCUUAGGGCAGAUGCCUUCACCCAGCAGCAGCUGGAAGCGCUGGACCGGGUCUUUGAACGUCCCUCGUACCCUGCCGUCUUCCCUACAUCGGAGCACAUCAAACCUGAACAGGCUAAUGAGUACUCGCUCCCUGCCCUGAAUUCCAGUCUGAAUGAAGUCAAGCCCAGUUUAUCCUCCAGCGUCCACCCAGACCUGGGCCCCAGCGUGUCGCAAAGCUACCCUGUAGUAUCAGGUCGGGAUAUGGCCAACACAACUUUACCUGGAUACCCCCCCCACGUCCCCCCCACAGGUCAGGGCAGCUACCCGUCUUCAACGCUCGCUGGAAUGGUUCCUGGGAGUGAGUUUUCGGGGAACCCCUACAGUCACCCGCAGUACACAACCUACAAUGACGGCUGGCGAUUCAGCAACCCAGCAUUACUAAGUUCCCCUUAUUAUUAUAGUGCGGCAUCGAGAGGCUCCGCCCCUCCCACUGCUGCCACUGCCUAUGACCGUCACUAGUUACCAUGGCAACCACAUCAACCUGCAGGACCAUGGCCUUAGCCUCCAUAUUGCCCCGGUGUGAGCGGCAUGGUCCACUGGACACUGAGCAACUGCGCAUAAAAUGUUCCUGGCUCACACAAUGAGAAACCUUUUUUGGGAGGGGGACUCCAGACGACUUCUCUCUUUUCGGAGCUUCUUUGGACACUCAAAGCCAAAACAAAUAAAAAAAAUAAAAACUACAAGAAGAUCAUCAGAGACACUAUACACACAUAAAACACCAAACAAUGAAAACUGCUAAUUGCAGGGGAAAAAAUGGGAAAAAAAUGAAAAAGAAUACAAACUAAAAUAACCGAAUUUAUUUCCCCCCAGUGACAGUGUCGCAGUCUCAUCCCAUCACGGAUCAAUACUGUACAUUCCUUUUCUUGGCGGCUCUCAGCAGGGACGCUGUCCGGAGCUUAAAAUGUAGCAGCAGCCUUUCUUUCCACCCUGUUUCCAUUCGUCUCCCACUCCGAUUCAGAUGGCAGCGCAGUGAGAUCAGAGGAGAUUAGCAGCAGGCACAGGCAGGCUGUGGCAGGCUAACGUUGUUUUUAUCCAUCUGAACAGUCAACGACCAAACAUCCAGCAUGAGUAAAUCGAUCGCUUUUGAUGCCAUGAGAAGAUUAGGACAUGUUCUCUGUGAUACACAAUCAAGAUGUAAAAAUGAAAAUGAAAUAAAUAAAGAAACAUCCAUUUGAAAAUAGAGGGAGCCAUGACAAUAUAUCACCAUGGUCCGCUAUUUGCAAGAUUUCAAGAAACUAGUAGAUAUAUUCUUAAAAUGAUUUUUUUAUUUCAUUUUUAUAAUUCGUAACGACUUAACUGCAGACUGCUCGGCUAGUGUUUUACUGUUUCUUAUUUUGUCGGGAUACAAGAGGUCAUCAGGCAAAACCUUUUUGUGUGUUUUUUGUUCGUUUUGCACUAUGUGGGGGGUUUGCAACACUGGAGCGUUAUUAUGCAGAAAAAAUGAUGAUGCAUAUUUGUUUUAUGUCAUGAAACUGACUGUAAGUCUAUUAAGUCUCAGUCUAAAAAGGUACUUACAGUUUCACAGUUUUUCCGGUAAUUUAAGGCCCAUCAUGUCACUGCCUUGACGCGCACUACUUUAUUCUCACAGCUUACAUUUUUAUUUAAGUUGAUUAAGUCUUUGGCAUUCAACCACAGACAAGGAUAUAACAGCCAUCCCAAUUCAAACUAGGAAUAUUUGUGUAGUUUGAUACCAGACACAUCUGAUUCUGACAACUCCAAUAACGUCAAAGAGCAGGGCGAAUAUUUCAACUAAAUGCCUUAAACAUGUUCCCUCCGUCAACUCCAUCACAUGUUUCAGGCCAAGUUGUUUCUCUGAAUCCAGCUGGAAUGAUGGUUUCUUCAUCUGUCAAGUGAAUGUAUUUGCAUUUGCCAAAGACUUAGUUCUUGUCCAUGUUUAUUUACAGGCCGCCUAUAUGCAUCAUGGAAGCAGUAUUAUUAUUAUUAUUAUUAUUAUUAUUGUUAUUAUUAUUAUUAUUAGGAAAAACCCAUGUUGUUCAUGAGAAAAAGUAUAUGUAUAAAUUCUAUGCAGUGCAGAGAUGGUCAUCAUAUGCAUAUUCAGCUGUAAACCUAAAGGUAGGUGGAGUUUAUUUAAUUGUUAUGUUAUUUACAAAUGGUUCAUUUUGUAGAAGGAUUGUUUGUGUGUGAUGUGAAGACACUUCUCUGUAAAUACAGUAAGAAAAAAUGUCUUUCAUGUUCAUGGGUAUUAUCACUUUCAUUAUGCUGGUCUCACUUGUACAAUAAUAAAAGUGUCUGAAAUCUUUUACGCAAAAGUGGCUGCAUGGUGUUUCUGACCAUCUGGAGUACAACUAAAACAAUUGAUUGGCAACAUU